UUUUACAUUUUGAAUCUUCAGGAAUUUCUGGAAGAUGAGAAGUAUAAAGAUGAAGAAAAUCUGGCAGAAAAUCUGGAAUCUUUCAAAAAGAAGUACAUGGAAUUUGACCUCAAUGACCAAGGUGACAUUGAUCUGAUGGGCCUGAAGCAGAUGCUGGAGAAACUGGGAAUGCCUAAGACUCACCUGGAGGUGAAGAAGUUGAUUGCUGAAGUGACAGGAGGCAGCAGUGAGACCAUCUCCUACCGCGACUUUGUCACCAUGAUGCUUGGCAAACGAUCUGCCGUACUCCGAAUAAUCAUGAUGUUCGAAGGAAAGAGUGAGGCUGAUGGCGCAAAACCAGCAGGCCCCCCUGCAAAGAGAGACAUUUCUAGCCUUCCCUAACUCCACGCAAGUAGAUGAGGGACUGGGGAUGAAGACGCCUUGAAUAUACUUAACGACAUUCACAGCCCUCUGGGAGAAGAAAUCCUGCCUCAUCUCUGUCUGUUUCUUCAUGUCCCGGACGUACAAUGCAUUCCUGCUCUCCAACUUCGUCGACUUUUGCAAUGGAAGAUAUUUUUUUGAUGACCAAAUAUAUAUGGCAGCAAAUGGCAAA